GCAUCCUGGGAAGCCCAGUAUAUUAUCUUAGGGUAACGAUGGAAGGCGUGCGGCCGCCUCCCCUGCGGAGCCUGGAUGAUUUCCUCCUGAGCUCGGCGAGGUUCGCGCUGCCAGAUGUUCGCGACCUGGACCGCUGGAACAACCGGAUCAUCAACAACCUGCUCUACUACCAGAGCAACUACUUCCUGUCCGCGCUGGGCCUGCUGCUGCUCGUGGGGUAUUUCCGACCCUUCCAGUUGUUUGUUGGGGCAGUGGUGGUCUCCUUGUUGUUCCUUGGCUUUGUCUGGGCUGCCGAGAACCAAGCUCCCAUUCGCCGUUUCCGUAGAAACCACCCGUUGAUGUGUGUGUUGGCUGUCCUGGUGGCCAGUUACCUCUUAAUAUUGGUGCUGGGAGGGGUGGCUGUCUUCCUGUUUGGCAUAGCCUUCCCUAUACUGAUGGUUCUGGUCCAUGCGUCGAUGAGACUGCGGAGCCUCAAGAACAAGCUGGAGAAUAAACUGGAGAGCAUCGGUUUGAAGAGGACACCCAUGGGACUCCUGUUAGAGGCCCUGGGACAGGAACAGGAAGCUGGAUCCUAGAGAGGAAGAGGAGGAGGAGGAGAAGGAAGAGAAGGUGUGUGCGGGUGUGGAGGAGGACAGGUUGGGUGCAGUCUAAGGGGAAUGAAAAACGAAAUUGAGGUUAAGAGGUGUGUGGGAAAUUGGCAGAGGAGAGGACGAACAUAGGCGGAGAGAAUUACUAGAACAAAAAGCAUUAGAAAAGAGUUCAUGGAACAAAAGGGGUUAUUUAUGUAAUGAACUAAUUAUUAUUCAGAAGUGAAUGAUGAGACCUACUCUGUGGUCCUAUAGGAAAACGACAGGAAUCAUCAUUAACACGUUUAAAGUAUCCCUGACUGUUUCCUGCCAAAACUUGCACUUUCAUUGUAUUAUUUCAUUGUAUUACUGUUUUUGCUCUACAUACAUGACGUGUGCAGCACUGUAGUUGCAGUGUGGAGUGUGUUCUGCUCUCUGUUCAGCAUAGUCAUAUUGAGGUUCUUUUCACUCUUUUAAUUAUAGCAGUCUCAUGAGGAAGAACUGUGGUAUGCAAUUAAAGACUAUAACUUCAGUGUUUUUAACUAAAACCUCUGAACACACUGCAAGAAGCAUUCAAUAUAAGUGAAGUGAACUCACCGCAGUGCUUUAAAAAUGAAGAGUCGAGAAAAAUCCAGGAGAAUCUAGUUGUAAAGCUCGAAGUCUUAAACGUGCUUAAUUUCAAGGAAAUCUGAGUAUUCGUGUGAAGAGAAUCUGCUCCCUGAGUUGGGGAAGUAGGAAAAUAUGAAGGAAACCAAUCAUUUUAGUUCCCACAUUUCUAAACCUGUAUCUAUUUCAGAGAAAAGGCUUCACCCAAAGAGCUACCCGAAUUCUUCACUGCUGGUCAGUGGGAUCUGCCCAGUCUCCCUGUGCUGGGAGAAGCUCUCCUGUAGUUUAACUAGCAACAAAACACUUCGAACGUCCACGUUAUUCCAUAAUCAUUUCAAUUCUUGUUAUCUCAGCCAUUAAGUAGUUCGCAAUUUUCCUCUGUCACUUUUUGUUUUUAGACCCACUUGCUGCAGCUGCUGCACAUAUUCAGUGCUUAUCCCCAGUGGAUGGAUCCUAUCAUUUCAACCUCUAAUAUGUCACAAUUGUAAAUUAGUCAGUGAUGACUUUGGAGCUGGCCAUACAAAAUGUAUCAUUAUGAACCAAGUGACCUUCGUUAGCAUGCAUGUGGCCCAUUGUUACCGCGAUAGAUUAAAUAAUUUCUGUGGAAAAAACUGAUUGGCAUCUACUUCAGCACAAGACAAUUAGGAUUGAUUCACAAUGUAAUCAGUUAGCGUACAAAACCACUACAACUUCCUCCAAAUAUAAACCAGUGCUCUAUCUAAGUUAGUUUAAUUACAGACAUGUCUAAACCAAUGACUCUAUAUAAAGAUGGAUGAUGCAUCUCCACUUCUUCCUGUUGUGCAAAAAUCAGCCUUGUCCCAUGUACUAACAUGGAAAAAGUUGGAUUUAUGACCUUUGCUGCGUCCAGUCACAAGGGGGCAAUCAAGAUGGUCUGGCUUCACUUUUUGGGCAUUGUCAUGUCUUCCAUCUUUAUAUAAAGUCGAAGGUUUAACUAGUAAAGACCACCCGCCUCACCACCUAUUGUGUUGUGCCAAACUUGUUAGCCUUACAGUGAUAGUCCAAGAAUAAUGGGAAAGAGUUAUCUGUAAAAUACAACAGAAAUAGGUUCAACGCUAUUAGGUCAUUUUUAUGAUAUGAACUUCAUGACAUAAUCGCCUUAUUGCUGGCUUGUUGUUGUCUUUGUAUUAUUAUUAUUACCGGUUAAUAUUUAUUUAAAUUAAAGUUAUCUCACCUCGAAGUUCCAGUUGAAAUAUAAAUGAAAUGUGGAAUUGCAAACCAGCCAUCAUUAACUGUAAUCCAAAAUAAGUAUAUCAUAUAACAUUAUGACGGGUCUACCAUUUAAUGCAGAAAAGGUCAUUGCAUUUAAACACUCCAUAAACACUAAUAUUCUACUACUUCAUUGUUUGCAGGUUGUCCAGUAUUGCACAUAAUUGGUUUUCUGCUUUGUAGAUGUGAUGAAGGACUGUUCUUGUUUGAAGAAAGAUAAAUAAAAAGCACUCCUGCGUUGUUUUUAUAAACCAAGAAGGAUUUAAAAAACAUUAAGUGUUUUUUAUGCUCAUGGAAGUUCUACUUUUUUUUUUUUUUUCAAGAAUAAUUUCUUAAUAUUACGAGAAUAAAAUUGUAUUUUAUGGAGAAAAAGGUAAUCAGAAUUACUACAAAAAAGGAAAGAAGCAGCAAGGAGAACUCACCUCUGAAAUGAAAAUUUUGAACCACCUAAUUUUUGUUUUUAGUUUAAGUACCACACAGAUGUGACGAAAGCAUUACAGUUGACCUCUACCCAACAUUUUCUCCUCCACAAAAGAGACAAUUUCCUCCGGGUCUGUGUCGUUCCUUCUCCAGAUCAGACUUCCUGUCACAUCUUUUCAAAGUCCUGCUACUUAAUAAUGUGGUGCUGAUGAGCCAAAGGAUCUCCUUGCUUUUAUAACCUUUAGCCUUAAAGGUUCUGUGUGUAGAAUUUAGUAACAUCUAGUGGUGGAGUUGCAUGUUGCAGUUGAAUACCCCUCAAUUUACUCUCCCCUUCAAAAUGUGAAGGAGUGUUUAAGCCAUCAGUUGUAAAAAAAAAACUAAAAAGGUGUUUAGUUUGUCGAGGUUGGGCUACUGUAAAAAACAUGGCGGCCCGCGUAGAGAGGACCUGCUCCUUAUGUAAAUAUAUGAUAUUUAAACAUAAGCAGCCCAUUCUAGGAUAAAGAAAACAACAAUUUGUACAAUUAGAUGAUUACACACUAGUGAAAACAUCACUUAGAUUAUUUUAUAUUCAAUUUCUGACAAUAGAUCCCAUCACCUAAAUCUUACACACUGGACCUUUUUAAAUAUAAUUUAACACGAUGAUCCACGUUUCUCAUCUUCUGAUAUUCCCCCUCUGAAAUGAGAUGCAGCCUUUACUUUAAUCUUGUGAUAUUAUGACUUUAUUCUCGUAAAAUUACAAUUUUGUCGUGUAACGUUCUCACUUUAUUCUUGUGAAAGUGUUGUAAUAUUACAACCUAAUUCUUGUCUAUUUGUCAGCAGUGUUAUAGUAAAUAUUCAUUUUGUACUACAGAAACUCCUUUGCUUCCAUGCAGUCGAAAGUUAGAGCUAUUUUGUAUUGAAUAUAUGCUGCCUGUUGUGGACUCAUCCUGUAUCAUUCCCUCUGACUCCUCUGGAACACUGUUUUUUAAAUUGGCCAUAGGAGGUUUUCCUCAACUAUGGCAUUUUCCUCUGGUCAAAGGGUGUUAGUUGAUGGAAAGCUGUAUAUUAAUAUUAUAGAAUAUUAUUAUUAUUUUACAUUGUUAGCCUCUUUACUCUGAACAAAAGAAAGACUCUGUAAGUGGCUAAAUUGCAUUUUGUAUGUGCCAUUGCAUUGAUAUUUGCCUUGUAUAAUUAUGUUUUCAGAAAACACUAGAGAAUGUUCGCACAGUUGGUCCUGGACUUUCUCCAGAGGUUACCUUAUACACAUGUACAAUGCAGAAGGAUUAUAUUAUUUACAUUCUGCCUAGCUUUUACAGCUUAGUGGUAAUGAAUAGAAAGAAGCGUGGUGUAGUUUACUCUGUAACUCAUAAGCAUUAACUGAAAUACAAGAAUGUAAACUCAGAGUAAAGUUUUCUGCAUGACUGUCAUUUAUCUAAUAUCACAGUUCAAAAUUAUUAAUGUCAAGUGUUGCCUUCUGUUCAGCGAAAUGUUUGAAGUUUAUUCACCAAGACCGUGUCUUUGACCUUUUGUCAAAAGCUGCAAUUAAAUGUGUUUAAAAAAAAAAUUCGAAAGAAAA